AUGUAUCCACACCCAAUAAUAACAGAUACCGCUGUAAAUACUUCGCAGUCGAUAGUAUAUGAAAUAUCUGGAGACCCAGGGGCGAGAACAUCAUUAUUGACGUUGGACGAUGAGAGCUUGAGCACUUACUACCAAAGUUUAAGUAUGGCAGAAGCUGCAACGAAUACGAUUACCAGUACGGUGAAGUCCCUGGCCUCUGCAGGAAGCCCUGCUGGAACAGGCGCUGGAUCUAUAAACGGGGCCAAUUCUACGGCGUCUUCUAACCUUGCAUUUACAGGCGUACAUAGUUGGAAACUUAGUUUUUCGAUGAUGUUUCUUAUUUUCACGGCUGCUUUUCUCUGA